UGAAAUAAAACCUUGGGAGUAUGUGUUUAGUCAUGGCCGUUUAAUUACAGAUUGCCUGGGGAUUGUUUGGUCACCGUGAAAAUCAUAUCUGUUUAUUGUGCAUGAUUUUUAUGUCACGGUCAAAUGACAAUGCAAUCAUUGCUCCAGGCAUUGUCCACUUUUCCGUCUCAAAAUUCUUUUGCUUCACAGGAACCUUUACAAUUUCAUGUCCUUUGAAUGUAAGAGUAAGGAAACAUUAAAAGAAAUUUGUUACUGCACAGGAAAACGAAUGCGUGAAAUCUGGAUGCGUUUUUUCUAAAUGAGAAAAGAAGCAUUGAAGAACGAGAGUAUACACAAGAUGCAGUCGCUGCUUCUAUGCCUCAACCUUCUGAUUGUUGUGGUUAUUGGUUACCCGAAUGGGGCCCCUCCUAACGUCUGUGACACUAUGGUCCCUGGGCAUAGCGGUGCCGUACAAACAGGGGCGUCUUCUUAUACAAUGACCAUGAAUAGUACAAUUUACACGGCUGGUGACGUCAUAGAAGUUACUGUGACGGGUGGGACUUUCAGGGGAAUAUUUAUCCAGGCACGUUCUGCAAACUGUUCGACAGUCUCUCUGCCAGCUUUUUCGCUGAUGACCAACGAAGGAAACCUUAAAACACUCACCUGUAAUAAUGUACAAAAUAGUGCUGUUACACAUACAACUAAAAGUGACAAAACCCAGGCCAAGUUUUACUGGAAACCUGCCGCUAAUACUGGUCACAUUUACUUCCGUGCCACGGUCGUACAAGUUUACAGUACCUAUUGGGUUGGUAUUCAGUCCCCUGUACUACGUGACAGUAACUCAAGUGAUCCCGUCCCUAGUUCAAUCUGUCAACCCGGCGGAAAUACAACUGUACAAACACCUGGAGGGAAUAACAGCAAUGGAGGGGCGGAUCUUAAGCCUACCUUGUCUUUUUUAUCAAUCGUGUUGAUGGCAUUUUUACUAACAACGUAACCCUAAUUCUUCCUGUUCCAACCAUUCAGUCGUAAAUAAAUCUGGAUGCUCGCAAUGUUGCAAAAAAAUAUAGCUGCAUUUUUUUUUUAUAUACACAUUUUAUUCAACAAUGGUG